UUGGUGUGCAGGCAGCCUUGAAGCAGCUCCCGAAGAACAAGGUCCCCAGCAUGGCUGUAAUGAUCAAGAGCCUGAGCAGGACCAACGUUGACGCUGGUGCCGUAUUCAGGGAUCCGACUGGAGAGAUGCAGGGCACGGUGCAUCGUCUGCUGCUGGAAGAGAGACAAAGCGAGCUCAGGCCGGGCUCGGUGCUGCUCCUGAAGCAGGUGGGCGUCUUCUCCCCGUCCCACCGCAACCACUACCUCAACGUUACCCCCAACAACCUGCUCAAGAUCUACCCGCCGGAGCCCGAGGGCAGCUUCUCGCAGCGGGAGGUCCCUGCGCAGGCAGAGCUACUCCCAGGCCACCUCACACACACCCCCCAGGGUGUCCCUGCCCCUGGGGACUGGGGACGAUUGAGGAGGGGCAGCCACGGCACAGAACAGUCUCGGGGGGGCUUCCCCCUGCACCCGCAGAGCCCCGGGCCCGGGCGAGAAGAGCCGGCGGGAGGUGACGGCGGCGACAUGGAUGACCUGGACGGGAUCCUGGGGGAGCUGCCUGAGGAUUUCUUCUCCUCUCCGGCCCAAGCUGACUGCUGCUGACCUCGGGGGGGGCUGUGGCACGGCUGUGGGGCCGGGGAGGUGGUUACUGCUGGCCCGGCCCAGGCUGUACCGUGGCUCAGCGAGGAUGCCAAGCAAGCAGGUGAAGCGCCGGCCGGUCGCCUGCUCCUUUCUCUGUUCAUCUGUUGUGUUUGUUCUGGAGCCAAGAGCUUGGGGGGGUGUGGGGUGUGGGGUGUGGAUGGACACGGCCUCAGCACCUGUCCCCACAGGGGGUCAGCCCCCCUCUGCUCCCAAACCCGCAUUAAAGGGCUGUUCUGUCCCUGCA